CCCUUAGAAUCCGGAACGAGCGAAGUGUCUGAACAGUCAGUAGAGCUGCUGCUGGAGGGAGGUCGGGCUGCGUUCCCUUCGACUCAUCGGGCGGUGCUGAGGGGAGAGGAUUCUCAAAACAGCAGGAGAUCGCUAGAGCAUCGUUGAAGUUUAAGGAAUCCUCGUAAUUUUUUGGGGGUGAUUUAUGCGCGAUUCUCGGAAUAUUCACCUUCCAAAAUACGAAGCUAAAAAUAAUCCGAUUUUCUGGUACUUACGUCUAGAAAUUCUGGUGUGGAGAUGGUGUUGGUAUUUCCCUGAAGACUAGAGUGGCGUCUGAGAGUUCGAAAAAAAGGAGGAGGAUCUGUCUUCCUUCAAUCAUAUUUCGUAAUUGGAAAUCUGGAUAGGUGUCUCGGUUUGUAAACAGGUCAUAUAAAAAAUCUGGACUCAAUUUACAGCUAACCAGGAUCUCCGACUUGGAAAUAUAAAAUAAGGUCGGAUAUAGACUGAAUUACAAAAGGAAAAAGAAGAAAAAGGAAAUCAAAAUCUGAAAAAUAAAAUAUAAACAUCAUUAUUUGAAAACAACAACGGAGGAUACAACUCUCGACUGAAAAGAAAAAAGAAAAAAAGAGACUUUUUUGUUUACAUUUCAACGUUCGGACAACCUACCCCACAAUGGCCAAACGAACACCUCUUUCUCCUCUCUUUAUCCUCUUCGUCUCCCUCAUCACCAUCACCGCCUUCUUCCCCCCAUCCGUCGACGGGAAAGAAGAGAAUAAACAAGAAGAAAAACACGUCCAUGAUAACGCCACAGGAACCUCUCUCUCACCGACCACAACCGAAGCCGAAGACCCUUUCCUGGCCGGGCUCAAGGCAUUCGAACAAAGAUGGCUGGACAGGAUCAACCAAAACGCCCUCGCGAACAACCGGACGGCCAAUUCAACCAUUUCCGGCCGUAAUGAGGUGGACGAGGAGGUGGACGAAGUGGUAGAAGAGGAAGGGGAGAAGGGGAGCUCGAGAGAGGGUCGUCGAAGGUCGUUUUUGGAAUGGUUCGACGAGUGGCAACCGCUGUUCGUCGAUAAGAAUUGUGAGUGCGGGGAAUCGCAACCUGUCCGCGCGAGGAUCAUCAACGGAGAGGAGACACAAAAGCAUCAGUAUCCGUGGAUGGUGGCGCUGCUGUAUAAGAAGAAACCUUUCUGUGGUGGUUCUAUCAUCAGUGACAGAGUAAUCCUCACAGCUGCACACUGCACGGAUGGCGUGCAACCAUCGGUCCUAAAUGUCAAGAUCGGCGACCAUGACCUGACCCAGAAGGACACAUCGAGAGAGCGAAUCGAGUCGGUCAAGAAGAUCAUACAGCACGAGGGCUACAACUCUAAAACGAUGAACAACGACCUCUCACUCGUCUUCUUGAAUUCAAAACUGACCUUUACGUGGCGAGUAGCUCCUAUCUGCCUGACCCCGAACGACCUGACCUACUUCAAGGAACAGGCGCUGGUCAUGGGCUGGGGUCAGACCUCGGAAGGGGAUAAGGAGUCGAGUUCACCUGUGUUGCUCCAAGCCAAGGUGAAAGUGAUCGGGAUGAGCCACUGCCGAGUCCUCUACGGCUUCGAGUCCGUGGACGUGACGGCCAAGAUGCUCUGCGCCCUCGGGGAGAACGCGGGACGGCUGCCAGGGUGACUCAGGGGGCCCGCUGGUAUGGAGAGAUGACGCCACAGGCCGGUAUUUCCAAGUGGGUGUGACCAGCUGGGGUAUAGGCUGCGGCAACCCAGAAUAUCCAGGUGUUUAUGUGAAGCUGAACAAAUAUCUCGACUGGAUCUACGCCAACACAGGGGACUCCGUUUUCUGUUCGACUUACAACCCCAAACUAAAUGAGAAACGCCAUCACGGAAAGAAAAAGGGAAAAGGAAGGAAGACGAAGGGAAGCGAAAGCGGAAACUCAAUCAUUCGUUAAAAGUAUAAGAAAGAAAGGAAAAUGGAGAAGUCAGAACAUAAAAGAAAUUAUGGAAAGGGAAGACACCUUUGACUUUACUUUUUAUUAUUAUUAUCUUUCCUUCUUCAUCUUAACAUUGUUUUUUAUUAUUAUCAUUAUCCUUAUCUUUAUAGAGAUGAUCUAGAGAGAUUGAUGAUGAUUGUCUGAACUCAGUAUAUCCGAAUAAUGUUUCAGAAAAUUAUCAUCAUCAACUUGUCAUUGGCACGAGGCGUCACCAGCCUGUCAACCUUUUAUGAGCCUUUAACAGUCAGUCAACCUGUCAUUAGAUGUCAUCAACCUGUCAACCUGCCAUCAGUCAUCGCCGACCCGCCAUCAACUGUCAUCAACCUGUCAUUAAUUGUCUUUAACCUGCCAUCAAUUAUCUUCAACCUGCCAUCAGUCAUCGCCAACCUGCCAUUAAUUGUCAUCAACCUGUCAAUCUGUCAUCAGUCGUUAAUUGUCAUCAAUCU